CAAACUGCGCAUGCUCACUGCUGCGCCGUGGACGGUACCGCUACAGUCACAACAAACUCCACGGUGAACGUCGGUGAGUGGGGGCGCCUGUCGGGCCCCGGAUCCGGAUCUUAGGAGUGACACGAUUCAGUCCGAAGAACCGGAGGGACCGCGGCGUUUAAACGGGUUAAGGCGGUAUGUUGGUGAGCAGGAACCUUACCGAGUAACCCACGGAUCCAUACCGGAGCCCCAGCUCGUCAGAGUCCAGCCGUAACCGGCAGCAGCCCGGGAACUGAAGGAAGCUACUGCUAACGUUACCAUGCCCUCCUCGCGGAGAACCGAGCCGGCGGACUGAGCGACACCCGACAGAGCAGCACGGAGCUAACGGUCUACUGCGGAACCUCCGCUCUCCGUAACCGUCGGAGGAUGGUUGCUGUGAUGCCAGCUGCCCUGGAGGACCGUACCGGCGUCACCCGGACCUCUGGACUCGGACAGGCAGGCACAACGUUCAUGUAAACCGUCUAGCUGCGUGAGUGUGUCCCGCUGCGGUCUCACGUCCCGGGGCCGCAGCCAUGCAGGCCGCGCAGCCGCAGUACGACUUCUUCAGCGAAGACAACAACGUGAAGUGGAAAGGCCUGCUGGUUCCGUCCCUGGAGAAGGUGUUGAACCAGGUGCAUCCCAACCUGAAGUCCCAGCAGGAGGCUUUGCAGUACAUAGAGGAGCUGAUCCUGCAGCUGCUCAGCAUGUUGUGUCAGGCUCAGCCACGCACGGUGCAGGAUGUGGCGGAGCGAGUUCAGAAGAGCUUUCCCCACCCGAUCGAUAAGUGGGCGAUUGGUGACGCUCAGGCUGCCAUUGAGAAGAAGAAGAGGAGGAAUCCGCUUGCCCUGCCUGUAGAUAAGAUUCACCCCCUGCUGAAGGAGGUUCUGGGAUACAAGAUUGACCACCAGGUGUCAGUAUAUAUGGUGGCCGUUUUGGAGUACAUUUCAGCCGACAUCCUGAAACUGGCAGGAAACUAUGUGAGGAACAUCCGACACUAUGACAUCACCAAGCAGGACAUCACUGUGGCCAUGUGUGCAGACAAGGUUCUGAUGGAUAUGUUCCACCAGGACGAAGAAGACAUCAGUGGCUUCCCUCUGAUGGACGAGGAGCCAUCAGCCAGUGAAGAUCAGAGUUACUAUGAGCUGGUCAGGAGCUUCAUGGGUGACUGUCGACAGUUCCUGAGACAGCUCAAUCUGGUUAUCAAGGUCUUCAGAGAGCCCUUCAUCUCCAGCCCCAGCCUCUUCUCUCAUCACGAUGUGGACAGCAUCUUCAGUCGGAUCAUAGACAUCCAUGAAGUGACCGUGAAGCUGCUAGGUCUGAUUGAAGACACGGUGGAGAUGACUGACGAAGGAAGCCCUCAUCCUCUUGUUGGGAGAUGCUUUGAAGACCUUGCUGAGGAGUUGGCCUUUGACCCCUACGAGACAUACGCUCAGGACAUCCUGCGGCCUGGCUUCCACGAGCAUUUCCUGAGUCAGGUGGCCAAACCAGGGGCUUCGCUACACCUUCAGUCCAUCUGUGUAGGGUUCAAAGAAGCGGUCCAGUACUUCCUGCCCAGACUGCUGCUCACACCUGUUUACCACUGUCUGCACCUGUUUGAGAUGCUCAAGCAACUGGAGGAGAAGAGCGAGUAUGAGGAAGAUAAGGAGUGUCUGAAGCAGGCCAUCACAGCUCUGAUCAAUCUGCAGUCCAGCAUCGAGAGGACCUGCUCCAGGAGCCUGGCCAAGAGGAGGCUCAGCGAGUCAGCGUGCCGUUUCCUCAGCCACCAGGUGAAGGGAAAACACCUGGCCAUCAAGAAGAUGAACGAGAUCCAGAAGAACAUUGAUGGCUGGGAGGGGAAGGACAUCGGCCAGUGCUGCAACGAGUUCAUCAUGGAGGGCACGCUGACCCGUGUGGGCGCCAAGCAUGAGCGACACAUCUUCUUGUUCGACGGCCUCAUGAUCUGCUGCAAAUCCAACCACGGCCCACCGCGGCUGCCGGGCGCCAGCUCCACGGCGGAGUACCGGCUCAAAGAAAAGUUCUUCAUGCGAAAAGUCCAGAUCAACGACAAGGACGACAAGGAGGGCGAGUACCGGCACGCGUUUGAGAUCACUCUGAAGGACGGGAACAGCGUGGUGUUUGCUGCCAAGUCUGCAGAGGAGAAGAACGGCUGGAUGGCGGCGCUGAUCUCGCUGCAGUACCGCAGCACGCUGGAGCGCAUCCUGGACAAGACCCUGCUGCAGGAGAAGGAGGAGCAGAUGAAGCUGCCGUCAUCUGAAGAGUACCGAUUUGCUGAGCCAGACUCUGAGGAGAACGUGGUCUUUGAGGAGAACGUUCAGUCCAAGUCCGGGAUCCCCAUCGUCAAAGCGGGGACGGUUCUGAAACUGAUAGAGAGGCUCACCUUCCACAUGUACGCAGAUCCAAAUUUUGUGCGGACGUUUCUGACAACCUACCGAUCUUUUUGUAAACCUCAGGAGCUGCUGGACCUGCUCAUGGAGAGGUUUGAGAUCCCAGAGCCAAAGCCCACCGAUUCAGAAACAAUGGAUGGAGGAGAGCCGCUGGUCAGCGCUGAACUGAAACGCUUCCGUAAAGAGUUUGUUCAGCCGGUUCAGCUCAGGGUGUUGAAUGUGUGCCGUCACUGGGUGGAGCAUCACUUCUACGACUUUGAAAGAGAUGUUCAUCUACUGAGUCGGCUGGAGGAGUUCAUAGCCUCAGUCCGAGGUAAAGCAAUGAGGAAGUGGGUGGAGUCUAUCACCAAGAUCAUCCUGAGGAAGAAGCAGGUUCAGGUGAGCUUGCCCAGUCACAGCAUCACCUUUCAGAACUCCCCUCCCCCCAUUGAGUGGCACAUCUGUAGACCAGGAAACACGGAGCAGUUUGACCUCAUGACGCUGCAUCCGAUUGAAAUAGCCCGCCAGCUCACUCUGCUGGAGUCAGACUUUUUCAGGGCGGUGCAGCCUUCAGAGCUUGUCGGCAGCGUCUGGACCAAAGAGGACAAAGAGAUUCACUCUCCUAACCUGCUGAGGAUGAUCCGACACACCACCAACCUGACCCUUUGGUUUGAGAAGUGUAUCAUCGAAACGGAGAAUCUGGAGGAACGAGUCGCCGUUGUUUGUCGGAUCAUUGAGAUCUUGCAGGUUUUUCAGGAACUCAAUAACUUUAAUGGUGUUCUGGAAGUUGUCAGCGCCAUGAACUCCUCACCUGUCUAUAGACUGGAUCACACCUUUGAGCAAAUUCCAAGUCGACAAAGAAAAAUCCUGGAAGAGGCUCAUGAGCUGAGUGAAGAUCACUACAAGAAGUAUUUGGCUAAACUGCGCUCCAUCAACCCCCCUUGUGUUCCUUUCUUUGGAAUCUACCUGACCAACAUCCUGAAGACAGAAGAGGGAAACCCCGACUUCCUACGCAGACACGGAAAAGACCUCAUCAACUUCAGCAAGAGGCGGAAAGUGGCUGAGAUCACUGGAGAGAUCCAACAGUACCAAAACCAGCCGUACUGCCUGAGAGUGGAGAGCUCUAUCAGGAAGUUCUUUGAGAACCUAAACCCAAUGGAGGACCUCUCAGAGAAGGACUUUGCUGAUCACCUCUUCAACAAGUCUUUGGAGAUUGAACCUCGAAACACCCGAUCAUUACCUCGAUUUGUAAAGAAGUACACCUGUCCUCUGAAGUCCCCGGGGAUUCGUCCAACCUCAGCAAGGCCCGGCACCAUGCGCCAUCCAACCCCUCUGCAGAAUGAGCCCAGGAAGAUCAGCUACAGCCGCAUCCCAGACAGCGAGGCCGAUGGGGGGGCCAUCUCUGCCCCAAACUCCCCCCGCACACCUCUGACUCCGCCCCCUUCCUCCGCUGCCUCCAGCACCACAGAUGUAGGGAGUGUGUUUGACUCGCCGCAGGGACCCAGCAGCCCCUUCCAUUCAACCUGCGACAGCAUCUUUGCUGUUGUGUCUUUGCCUCACGGCCCACGGUCCUCCUCAGUCUCAUCCAUGGUGAGUUUCAGUCGGGCAUCAGAGGACACUCCGGUUCCUCCUCCUGUUCCUCCACGCAGACGACCAGAAUCGGCUCCAUCAGAGUCGUCCCCGUCCAAGAUGAUGUCAAAGCUGGACAGCCCCCCCGCCGUGCCUCCUCGUCAGCCCACUUGUAAAAUCUUCCCCCCUCGUUACUCUUCGUCACUGUCUUCAUCAUCGCCCCCCGACAGCCCCCCUCUGCUGCCUCCUCGGGAGCCACUCAGCUCCCCCCUGCACCUCCUUCCUCCCCCUCAGGGACGCUCUCGCUGUGACCUUUUAUCUCAGACCUUUUUCCCCUCCACCCCCCCAUCUAUUAGCUCCACCACCACAGACUUGUCAUCCUCUCCACCUCCCCCUCUGCCUCCACCCACCCCCCUGCCUUCUACCUCCAGGAAGUUACCCCCUCCUUCCCCCCCUCUGAUCCCAUCUCUGGACGGGCCCCCAGUGCCUCCGCGUCACAGCGUCCCUAAACUCCCCCCGAAAACGUACAAGAGGGAGUCUCUGAGCCACGACUCUGCUGGACAUGCCCCCUGCUUUGUGACUAGACUCCCAUUGGAGCAGGUGGCUCUUGAAAGACUAACACUACAGCUUAUCGGCUCGAAACGAUGCAACUGAAGGUUCGACCAAUCAGGAUGUUUGGAUCCAGCCUGAACUGAGCUGAAAUCACGUGCCCUUAUUCUGAAACUGGUUCUGCAGAAGCUUUUUUUCUGCUUGAAGGUUUCGUUUGCGUUCUCUCUGUAAGGCGGGACCUGUUUGGGCCCGUCGGUACCCGGUUGGACCCAAUGUUGAGCACGGACAGACAACACGUGGGUGAUGUAGGUCACCGACUGAAAAGGUACGGGGCCAGAACCUCAGAGGUACUGUUUUGGUGGACCUAAUGUUAGUUUGUUAUUGUUGUUGAUUAAGUAAACAAAUGUGAUUGCCAUGUUUAAAAAAAAAACCUAAAAAACAAGGGAAUAAACGUGUUUCUGACACCGAGCUGGA